GCGCAGGCGGGGAAGGGUGGAGACUGACAGGAGGGGGCGCGCGCGAGCGAGAAGCCCGGGUGAGCGCGCAAAGGAGAGAGAGAGCGCGCGCGCGCGCAGGGCUGGCUCUGCUGCUGCUGCUGCUGCUCUUGCUUGCUGCACACUGGAAGCAGAGAGGAGGCGUUGGAAGGGAUCCUCGGGCGCCAGCCUCUCAGCUUAUCAGUCUGCUGUUGUGCAACCUGAGAACAGCUGCUAGCAAGGCAGAACAAUGGCUGCUAGCAAGACAAAAAACCAGAGUUCCCUGGCCCUCCACAAAGUAAUCAUGGUUGGCAGUGGUGGUGUGGGCAAAUCAGCACUUACACUUCAGUUUAUGUAUGAUGAGUUUGUUGAAGACUAUGAACCUACCAAGGCUGACAGUUACAGAAAGAAGGUAGUUCUUGAUGGUGAAGAAGUCCAGAUAGAUAUUCUAGAUACAGCAGGACAAGAAGAUUAUGCAGCUAUUCGAGACAACUACUUCCGUAGUGGAGAGGGUUUUCUCCUAGUUUUCUCCAUAACUGAGCCUGAAUCCUUCACAGCAACAGCUGAGUUUAGGGAACAGAUCCUGCGUGUAAAAGCCGAAGAGGACAAAAUACCCUUGCUUGUGGUGGGAAAUAAAUCUGACUUAGAAGACCGCCGACAAGUGCCAGUAGAAGCAGCUAGAAGUAAAGCAGAGGAAUGGGGUGUGCAGUAUGUAGAGACAUCGGCAAAAACCCGGGCCAACGUAGAUAAGGUAUUCUUUGAUUUAAUGAGAGAGAUUCGAGCCAAAAAGAUGUCAGAAAACAAAGACAAGAAUGGCAAGAAAAGCAGCAAGAACAAGAAGAGUUUUAAAGAAAGAUGUUGCUUAUUGUGAUCUUUAGAAACAGUACAUAUAUAGGCCAUGAAAUUAACAAGACAUUUACUACUAAGGAAAGAGAACAGGACGAUCAAAGAGAAAUCUGAUCCCAGUAGGUUUUUCCAUUCACAUAAUAGCCUUUUUGAAAGUGUAAAACCUGAUUUAAGAAUUGAACACCACCAAAUCCAUGUUUGCUGAAGGGGAUGAAUUUUGAAAGCAGCUAUCAAUGCAAAAAAGUAUUGCCACCAAAUUUUUCUUUGGUCACCAUCUCUUUGCCUGAUAGCAAUAUGGUCACACUGAACUUAUCUCCUGAUGUUGCUUCCAAUGACGCUCUCUCUACAGAUUCUUCUCCAUCAGUAUUUUUUCCAAGUGGCUAAUUUUCACUGAAGUUCAACCAAAGUUACCUGCCUUUCCUAAGUGGCUUCAAUUUUGGUGCUCCUAAAGAAAAGUAAAGGCCUUUAGCCAUUCUUUAAAAAGGGAAAAGACACACUGAGAUCUUCUUGAUAUUUAACAUUUUCACACAAUGGUGUUAAAUAAGUUAUGAUGCUGUCAACUUUUACUGUUUGUGAAGAUUUUGGAUGGACUCAAAAGGCGUAGCCAUUUGAAAGCAAAGACUCAUCAGGGAGUUGUUACCUGAGUCAUCACUGCAGUAUUCCUGAGCUGAGUGCAAAAUUUCAGAACAUUAGUAGUUAUAUUCUGUUGACUUGUAUUUCCAGCUUACUAUGAUCUUAAUUUCAGCUUUUCAGUGGAUAAAUGGACAAGGUAUUGUAUAAUGUGGGAGAAUUCCUAGGUUUACCCCAUCAAAUAAUUCCACCCUGCCUGCCAAAACUAGAUUAAAAAAACCCCCAACAAUUUGUGGUGUAGCAGUGGUUUGUAAUCAUGUCUUGAAGCUAUAGAAAUUGUUGGACUUUGAUUCAUUCCGUGUUUAAUAGGAAAACAUAUUUCUUUCUUAAUGAAGUCACACUGUGAAAUUUCAUAAGUUUGAUUCAAUCAUGUUUUAAAGUGGAAGGGUGUGGUCCAAUGAGAGGUCAGUCUACCAGUAGCUUUUUCUGCAUGCACUCUCUUAAAAUGAAUUGUAAUUUUGAAAAUUUAAGAGGCUUAUGUAGAAAAUAUUCCUGGUAGAUGGUGCUGUGCACAGAAGUAGUUUGCUGUUAUGUUAGGUUAUGCUGUCUUCUGGUAAUGAGUUACUGCAGUCUUUGCAAUGUUGUAUUCCUUGGAGGUGUACUCACUAACAUUUCCCUAGAAAUUAUGACACAGAGGCAGGUGGGAUUAAGUGAAGGAAUUGGGCAGAUUUUAUAAUUAUCCUUUAAAAUAAGACACUUGGGUUAAUUAUGUGAUGUUGCCAAAAAAAGUUGCCAUAUUGCUGUUGCACAAAUUGUACUAAUCCUGUUGCUGAAAACUUUUUUACAGUUAUUCAUUGAAUCAUAGAGAGAUGGUCUGUAAAAGGCAGCUAAAUACAUUCACUAAAAAGUU